AUGGCAUCAUCCACUACUACGCUGUCUACAGAAGAGUAUGAGCAGCAAUAUUAUGAUACACAAGCAGCUAAACAGCAGUUGAUAGAUGCACUCGCCACAGCUGGAGCUGCUCAUAAUGCUGCAUCCAUGUUUGAGUAUGCUGUUGACAAGCAUCAAGACUUGUUGUGUGUAUGUAGUGUAGAUCAUCCUCGGCAAUAUACAUUCAAUCAGUUGGAACAGGAAGCCAACCGAAUUGCUCACUGGGGACAAAGCAUCGGACUCGAACAGCUUCAAACCAUUGCUUUAAUGAUGGAGAAUAGACCAGAGUUUCUAGCAUUUACAAUGGGAUUGGCCAAGAUCGGUGUAACAGUUGCAUUGAUUAAUACAAAUUUGACAUCUUCGCUGUUGAGGCAUGCAAUUAAUGUAUCUAAAGCGCAUGUGUUGAUUAUAUCCCCAUCAAAACUGGGCAGUUGGAAAGAACUGUUUACACCAUUAAAAAGUCAAGAUCGAUUGCCGACAUUGGUGGAUUCUGCCAAUCCGCUUGAACACCUAAAUCGUGUAUACUGUUAUACAACUGAGCAUGAUCACAAUGUUCCAGAUGUCGAGUCAUGGAGCACAUCACAUAUCAUGCAUUCAUUGCUAUCGCACCAACACCUCUCUGGUUUCAGCAACAUCCGACCUGAUGCAUCCAAAACUCGCAAUACAGUGACAGAUCGCACACCGUUAUAUUAUAUAUACACGUCGGGAACAACAGGAAACUCCAAAGCAGCCAAGUUUUCGCAUAAGCGGUUUGUUGGGGCUGCUGUAACUUGGGCAUCCGCGAGCAAACUUGAAUGUGGAGAAAAGUAUUAUAUUGCUUUGCCAUUGUACCACGGAAAUGCAGGUGUAGUGGCUGUUGCUCCGUGCUAUUUGGUUGGCAAUCCCAUGGUUUUGAGGGAAAAGUUUUCUGUUCGCAAUUUUUUUGUGGAUAUUCGUCAGCACAAUUGCUUUGCUACCAUUUACAUUGGUGAGCUGUGGAGGUACUUGUUGACAUUGGCUGUGACUCCAGAUGAGCAAGUUCCAACCACGUUUUCUCCAUUAAAAGUGGCAAUUGGAAAUGGUCUAAGCGCAGAUAUCUGGACAAAAAUCCAAGCAAGAUUUGGCAUCCAGUAUAUUGUUGAACACUAUGGAUCCACUGAAAUGCCUGGCGAUGCCAUCCUCAACUAUAUGGGCAAAAAAGGAUCGUGUGGAUUUGUUCCACGUAGCGAGUCUCUAGCAAAAUCGCACACAGGUACAGGCGGGGUAAUUGUUUCAUAUGAUGUGGAAGCAGACUGCAUCGUUCGUUGUGAGCAAGACGGCGAUCGAUGUGUUAUGUGCAAGCCAGGUCAAAUUGGUGAAAUGAUUAUGCGCCUUGUGGAUGGGGUGUAUGACGGGUAUGCUGGGGAUGGCGAGACUAGCAAGAAGCUUUACCGUAGUGUGUUUGAAAAGGAUGAUACAUGGUGGCGAUCUGGAGAUCUUUUGAAAAUGGACGAGCAAGGUUUUUUUUAUUUUGUCGAUCGGACUGGAGAUUCAUUUAGAUGGAAAGGGGAAAAUGUUAGUACACUUGAUGUACAAAAGGUUGUUGGUGCAUUCUGUGGCAUAGAUGAAGCCAAUGUGUAUGGUAUAAAAAUACCCUAUGCGGAUGGGCGAGCAGGAAUGGCAUCCAUUGUGCUUUCACCAGAUCUAAAGCCCACUGAUUUUCCGUUUGCAGCAUUUACUGAGCAUCUUGAGCAGCAUCUUCCUGUAUAUGCUCGUCCAUUGUUUAUUCGGCUCACAAGCAAUGCACACACAGUGACCAGCACGCUCAAAUUUGUAAAAUUUGUCUAUGUACAAGAGGGAUAUCGAUGCAAUAGCAAUGAUACUGUCUAUAUGUACCGCGCUGCCAAAAAAUCUUGGCAACAUGUCGAUAAAUCUGUUGCUGAUGAAAUUGAUGCACAUGGUAUUUAG